AUGCAAACAGAGGGUGGUGUGGAGGUGGAGGAAGAGCGGUGCGCUGCUGGGAGUGGACAGUGGACGGUGUUCCCUCUGCUGCUGCUGUGGAUGCACCUCCACCAUAACGUUCUCGGCUGCGUGGCCCCGGACUGCGACCUGCUCCUGGAGGGUUCCCAUGGGGUGAUCAAGUCCCCGUGCUACCCCCAAAAGUACCCCAACUCCCAGACGUGCCGCUGGACCGUCCAGGCGCCCACGGGACACAUCGUUCAGCUGACGUUUGUGGAUUUCGAGCUGGAGGAGGCGCCCGGCUGCAUCUACGACUAUGCGGUGGUGAACACGGGGCAGGCCGAUGUGCGCUUCUGCGGGCUCACGGCGCACGGGCUCACGCUCAACUCCACCGGGAACGUGAUGGUGGUCAACUUCAAGUCCGACUUCAGCGUGCAGAAGAGAGGCUUUUAUGUGGAGUAUAGACAUGUGGCUGUGGACCUGAGGAACCAGAAGGUCACGGUCAGCAAUGGGGUGGGUAAGAUAACCAAACUGUCCUCAUCCAUCUCCGUGCCAACACUCAGGCACCUGACCGUGUGCUUCGAGGCUCAGCGCAGCUCUUCCAAACAGAAAGAGUGGUUCUUCUCCUAUGACAGCAGCAGUAAUGUGGCCCUGAGCUUCGGGACAGACAAAGAGAUGAAGCUGGUGGUGGACGGUCAGGAGUGCUCUGUGGACUCGUUGAUAACCCAGGCCAACUUCACUUCCACCAUGACGCCGGUGUGUGUAGUGUGGACCUCCGCCAACGGCAAAGUGGUCAUCUACUAUAACAGCCAGUACCUCACAAAGACCUGCAGCGGUCUGAGCGGGAGGUCUGUGCCGGCCGGAGGACUCUUCCAACUCGGAGCUCAGCAGAGUUUUGAUGGCUUCAUCUAUAACCUGCGUCUGUGGGACUACUCCAUGUCGGAGCAGCAGCUGAACGCUCUGACCUGUGACACAGAGGGAAACGUCAUCGACUGGGACAACAGCUACUGGGACGUCCCGUCCACAAUGGCCCAGACCGAUGCCUCGCUCUCCUGCAGUGUGUCUCUGCAGACCGUCACGUCUCUCACCUCCAGCUGUGCCUCCUCUGGACUGGGCUGUGCAGCCUCUUCCACUGCCUCUAACUCCAUCCCUGAUACUAACGCCAGCACCAGCCACGCUUUAUCACCUCCCACCCCUCCAUCUGCCACCCCCAGCUCUGCUCCACUCACUUCACCCAUUAACCAGCCCCUAACAACAGCCGCAGGCUCCAGCUACACAACCUUCUCUUCUGCUGGUGUGCCACUAUCCUCCAGCACCUCAUGGGCAACAGUCACUAACCAUCCACCUACUAACUCAGCCACGCAUGAUACGUUGUUUUACCGAGUGGCCUUUGUGGUGGAGGACAGCACUCUCACCAUGUCCCAGGCCGACGUCGAGGAGGCUGUGGUCAUAUGGUUGAAUCAGACGUUUCAAAACUGGACCCAGUCUGUCUAUGUGGAUUUCAUCAGUGUGCAGUCUGGUUUACCAAACAAUGGUGUCAUGAGUUACCAGUGCCAGGCAUUGCUGGUUCACUACUUCACCACUAACGAGAGUCUGGGAGAAGCAGCAAAAACUCGUCUUUCCAGCAAUGAGGCUCAGCUCGGGACAGGGCUCCGCAUUCAGACCGGAUCCACUAGUUUAACACUCAUAGAAAACUGCCCAGAGGAGGCAUCAGUGCACUACCGCUGGCCUGAAUCACGCCCCACAGUCGGCCACACUCUGCCCUGCUUCCCCAACAAAGACAGCAGUGCCUCCAGGACCUGUUUGAUCAGUCCACAGAACUUCACGUCUCACUGGUCCACUGCAGAUACAAGUAACUGUACAAUCAUCAACAACAUCCAGGUUUCUGCAGAAAAUGCAGCAGAAGUGGCUGACCAGCUUGUCGUCAUCACAAACAAUGAGCUAUCGCAAGAAGAGGUAUCCCAAGUAGUGACCAAAGUGAAGGAGCUGGUAAACGUGGCUAAAAUCAACACUUCUCUGGCUCAUACUGUGGUCACUAUCAUCUCCAAUGUGAUGAAGAGGCCUGAGAGCACCCUGGCAGCCACCUCCGAGAAGGCACUGAAAGCGAUGAAUAAGCUCGCACAGAAGAUGGAGUUUGAAGGUGACUCUGUGAGUGUCUCGUCCGCACACUUGGCUCUGGGCGUCUCUACUCUGAACACCACCAUGUUUAAAGGAACCAGCUUCAGCGCCUUCAUGGGCCCCAACUCAUCCCAGCCACAGAUUGACUUUGUGUCGAAGCGUGCUAACCCGUUAGCUCAGGUGAUCCUCCCAGCCUCUUUACUCCACAACGUUUCUCUGACCAAAGCCGAACGUGCUUCGCUCUCCAGGAUCAACUUCAUGUUCUUCUCCAGCACCAACCUCUUUCAGAAAGUACAGGACGGCUUAUCUCUGAACAGUUAUGUGGUGGCCAGCAGUGUGGGAAACUUCACCAUCAGUAACUUACUGGACCCAGUCAGGAUCGAGAUCGCACAUCUCACUGAACAGGCGUUUGACCCUCUGAAACCCCCGGUCUGUAUGUUCUGGGACUUCUCCAUGAAGGAUGGCGUCGGAGGCUGGAACAGAGAGGGUUGCCAGGUCUCAACAGACUCCACCAGCAACAAAACCGUGUGUCUGUGCAACCACCUCACUCACUUUGGCAUCCUCAUGGACAUUUAUGGUUCGUCUGCAUAUAUUAAUGAACAGAACACCAAGAUCCUCACUUUUAUUACCUACAUUGGGUGCGGAGUUUCUGCGGUGUUCUCAGCUGUGACCCUCCUGACGUACAUUGCAUUUGAGAAGCUGCGUCGUGACUAUCCCUCUAAAAUCCUGAUGAACUUGAGCGCGUCCCUCCUCUGCCUGAAUCUGACCUUCCUUUUGGACGGCUGGCUGGCCAGUCUGAGAUCUGAUUGGCUGUGUGUGUCUGUGGCUGUGUUCCUUCACUACUUUUUGUUGACGUCGUUCACCUGGAUGGGCCUGGAGUCCGUCCACAUGUACAUUGCUCUGGUCAAAGUCUUCAACACCUACAUCCGCAGAUACAUCCUCAAGUUCUGCCUCGUCGGAUGGGGUUUCCCAGCAGUGAUUGUGGGAAUAGUCACUGCUAUCGACAAGAACUCCUACGGGCUUCAGGAAUAUGGCAGAGGCGGACACGGAUCCUCUGAGUUUUGCUGGAUCAAGAACCAGCUGGUGUUCUACGUCACCUGUGUGGGAUAUUUCUGCCUCAUAUUUCUCCUGAAUGUGGCCAUGUUUAUAGUGGUGAUGCUGCAGAUCUGUGGCCGCAAUGGGAAAAGAAGUAAUCGGACGCUACGGGAAGAGGUGCUGAGGAACCUCCGCAGCGUCAUCAGUCUCACCUUCCUGUUGGGGAUGACCUGGGGAUUUGCCCUUUUCGCCUGGGGUCCAGUCAACUUAGCUUUUAUGUAUCUCUUUUCUAUUUUCAACUCACUGCAAGGCCUAUUUAUCUUCAUCUUUCACUGUGCACUGAAGGAGAAUGUGCAGAAGCAGUGGAGAAGAUACCUCUGCUGUGGACGCUUCCGUUUGUCUGAUAACUCAGACUGGAGUAAGACUGCGACAAACAACACAAAGAAAGUGAGUUCUGAAAACCUGGGCAAGUCUCUGUCCUCCAGCUCGUUCGGCUCCAGUACAGCCAACUGGACUUCCAAGGCCAAAGCCACUUUCAACCCCUUCAACAAGCGCCAUAGCAACACAGACAGCUCAUCAAACCAAUGA